GUAUCGUCUCCAGCCUGCUGAGCUCGCUGCUAGCAGGACGCUGCUUUUACACUGGUCCAAGGAGUGGCGGAGACAUUGAGCGAUAGACUGGAUUGACAUAGUGGAUGCCUCUAUGAUCGACCUAACGUUACAGCGCAUUAAACCACAUCACGUUUGCACGAGCAGAGUAGCACCAUGGCAGAGCCGAACCAGAGGCCCCCGGCCAGGAAGAUGUCCACAGCUGGGGACAGCCUGUACAAGGUGCUGGGCCUGGAGAAGGGGGCUACCGCAGAGGACAUCAAGAAGGCCUACAGGAAAUUAGCGUUGAAGUAUCACCCAGACAAGAACCCAGACAACCCGGAGGCAGCAGACAAGUUCAAGGAGAUCAACAACGCCAACUCCAUCCUGAACGACGACACCAAGAGGAAGAUCUAUGACGAGUACGGCUCCAUGGGGCUCUACGUGUCGGAGCAGUUCGGGGAGGAGAGCGUCAAGUACUACUUCCUAAUGUCCAAGUGGUGGUUCAAGUCCCUGGUGCUGUGCUGCACGGUGUUCUCCUGCUGCUGCUGCUGCUGCUGCUGUUGUUUCUGCUGUGGGAAAUGUAAACCUCCAGAAGAUGAUGAAAACUACCAGUACGUCGACCCUGAAGAUCUGGAGGCUCAGAUCAAGGCCGAACAAGACGGAGGUGCUCAUGGCCCUAUCGUGAUCCAGCCUCAUUCCUCCACUGUCCCCUCUGAGCCCUCUGCCCCUGCAACCAACCAGCCCUCCUCCAAGCCCCAGCCCUGACCCCCCCUUGCCCAGCCAGCCAGCCCAGCCACAGCUCCCCCCGGCAGGCAGGGCCAGCUCAAAGGGCCCUGGAGGGAGGCCCUCCUGGAGCUCCUCCCACCACAUGCAGCCGUGGACUCUCUGGUGCCAGCCAGACCCCCCCCCCCCCCCCCCUCCCCUCUCCCAGGGCUGUGCCACAGGACUGAAGGACACAAGGCUUGUUGCCUGAAGACCUGGACUUACAGAUACCCCCCCCCCCCCAGUCUCCCUCUCUGUCUUCUCUGCCCCCUACAGGGUGUGAGGGGGGGCUCUCUGAUGCAUGCGUUAGGUCUGACUGACUGCAUGUCCCCACUGUACAGAACUGACACACCCUGCUAACCCUCUAUGCAGCCCCCUCACACACACACACACACACACACACACACACA